AUGAAGAUGCAUCCCGUUGGAAUCGUGGCUGUCCUGCUGGUAAUCGGCACCGAAAUUUUGGGAUAUCCUCCACAGGAGAGAAUAAUGCCAGAUGAGACGCCGGUUCCCGAGGACGCGGCCGAACACGAGGACUCCGUGGCGUCGGCGUCGGAGGUGAGCGAGGAGUACGACGACUCCGACAUGUACAUGGAGCCGGACGAGACGACGAGCCUACGGCCGGGACUCGAAGCGGGGACGACGAGGAAGAGCGACGAGGAAGAGACGUCCACCGAAACUGCCGGCGAGAAGCGGUCCGAGGCGAAGCCGGCGGCCGACCAAGAGGCGAGGAACAGCGAGGAAGCCGCGAGGUUCGCGGCGGACGGCGCGAGCCUGGAGACCGAGAGCCAGAACUUCUUCCCGUCGUUCGCGGAGCUGUUCGCGAACCACCGGCUACCGUUCGCCGAGCAGCAACGGUACCGGCCGAACAGGUUCCUCGGUUACUUCCAGCGCGAGCGGAACUACCAGGCGGCCGCGAGCGCCACGAAGGACCAGCACUCGCUGCUGGGCUCCGGUAACUUCGGGGUGAUCCGCGGCGGCACUUAUUACCCGGAGGACAAGGAGAACGACGAGUACUCGGUGGACGAGAGCCUGUACAAUCCGUACUACCACGGGCGCGGCCGCGCCCAGUACCACAGGAACCCGAAGCCGCAGCCGGUGCGCGGCGGCGACUUCUUCGCGAACUUCCGCGACUUCGCCGACAUCACGGCGCCGCCCAAGUCGAGUUUCUCGCAUCUGUCGGUGGUGUACGCGAACAGGAACGGCAGCGACACCGUCGUCGGCCGCGUCACCGAGCCACGGAACAUCAUCGAGACACUGAGGAUGCUGGAGGAGGAGGAGGAGGAGGAGCGAGGGAACGCAGGGGAGGAGGAGGAGAAGGAGGAGACGCUCACCACGGAGGAAACGCCGAGGAAGAAGCAGAGCAAGGGCAAGCGGAAGCUGAUGAAGAUGAAGCAGUACGAGGAGGACAAGGCCAGGCGGUCGCGCAUGUCCGUCGAGCCGCUGCUCGCCCUCAGCUGA